GGGAGGGAAGCUGUCUGCGUCGGGGACUAGGAGGGUGAUCCUCAUUGUCGGUCAGGUCUGCGGGAGGAUUUAUCAAAUAGAAGCAGCAGGGAGAAGCCGAGAGGGUUGGCUAUCGUUGGUGUUCAUCAUGCAUUUGCCAUGGCGUUCUAUACCAUGUUGCUAUAGACAUGUUUCUAUAGACGGGCUACGUAUAAGACGAGGAGCUCGUUAUGGAUGAAAAAUGGCAACUAGAUUUCAAGUUCUCGUUAUAAGACAUUUCGUCAGCUAUUUUGAGAAUCAUCGAGCUUGCCGUCUGGAAAUGCCAUGGUUUCUUGGUUCCAACAGCUUUCUCACCUACUUAGUAACACAUCAACCCUGAAGACCAACCACUUCCAUGACUAUACUAUCGGAUGUUGUCUAAUCUUCGAAAUCCAAAGUAUGAACUUACACCCUUACAGAGCGGUAUCAAGUGAAUUUCACAGCCUCGCAACUGAAAACAUGGCAACCGAUAGCCUCACAACAACUGAAAACAUAUCAACCAACUUCCUCCCGCUGCCCCGCGAGCUUCGGGAUAAGAUAUACGAGCUAUGCCUGACGCAUAAAAAACAGCUCGCAUCCAGACUCCUUGGCGUGAACAGAUCUGUCAACCAUGAAGCUAGCUUAGUGCUAUACAGCAAUCAUUUCAAUUUCACCACGACUUCAAACAACCACGUCACACCAUUCCUCGAGACCAUUGGCACAAAUAAUGCUGGAAACAUCCAGCAUAUUAAAAUCAACUUCCCAAACUUCCGCAACCUAGAGUUAGGUAAUGUCACUAUUGAUGAGGAUGACACCCGCGUCCUUGAGAGCAUUCAGCGCAGGUGCACAAGUCUGAAAAGUCUCACGUCAUUCCGAUGCAGUACAUACGAUAUGGAAUAUAAGUUGCGCGCGCUCCACAACCCUAACAUCGUUAUUGAGGCGUUAGGGCUAGUUAAUAGUCGUCUUAGAGCCAUGCCAUCCCUCCAGGAUAUUAUCGUCGAGGUCUUCGAGGACCCCCCCAGCGAUGAAAUAUGGGAGAUUAUGUGGAAUCAAGGAUGGACGAUUGUCGAAAUGGAGUAUGAGGAGGAUUGGGGAGACUCGGAUGAUAGUUGGUUGGGGGGGAUUGAUGACCUAAGUAUAGCCUUGGCGGGUCAGACGGCGGUCAUCGACUACCUCAACUGACGACAACCCGAUAUAACCAACAUCCCCAUCCACUCCACUCCCCAACCAACCACCACCCGCCACGACCGACAUCAUCACCGACCUCACCUACACGCCGAACACCUACAUCUCUCGUGCAACCUACCAUCCUCCUCACAGCCACCCACCCACUGCCGCCCACCCGUCCUGGCCAGGCCACACACCGACCAUGAAGCCCGCCCGCGUCCGCACCGC